CUUGCUCAUGACUACCACAGUCUCUCAAUUCUCACACCCUCACAGCCACACCCUUCUGCUUAAACCAAACACUUCCAUCACUCACCAAACACAUCACUUGAUCAUCACACCAUCAACAUGUCACAGUCCUAAGGAGGGUCAGACUGUAUGGCAUUCUGCCUUUAGCAACAAUGCCUUUCCUCUGGGUCCUAUCCCUGAGCACCUCUUGAAGGUGUACAAGGAUAACAAGUGGUACCAGUCUAUGGCUCGUUCCUCAAUUGGACAGAAUCCAGAUGGCUCGUGGGACGUCAAGGAAAUCAUUGCUAUGAAGAUCAAGGCUGAGCAAGUGUAUUUCUAUGUGCACUGGGCAAAUGAUGAUAAGACUUGGAUCCAUGUUGAUGAUUUUAAAUCCUAUCUGCCUCCCCUGGCUUUCUGGUAUGGAAUGGUUGAACCUCUUGAGCGAUUGGGUCCACAUUGACAACCCUCUGGCUUUUUGAAAUGAGAAGUUUGAACCCAGCAUUUAUUAGCACUUCAAUGUGACAAUCAACAAAGAAUAAAGUCAAAAAGAGAAGUCAAUUCCAGGACUAGAGAAUACAACACAAUAGC